CCCACCCCAGAUAAGCCAACAACUGAGAAAUCAUCAAUCAGUAGUCAUUCAUUCAAGUCAUUGCUAAAAGUAAGCCAGUCUGCCCAAUUAUUGCAAAACAAGGUGGAAAGCAACUCCAACACAGGGACAAACAAACAAACACAGAAGAAGAAGAAGAAGAAAAAAUGGAGUGGUGGGUAUCCAUGCCAAAGAUUGAACUCCACGCCCACCUCAAUGGUUCCAUAAGAGACUCCACACUUUUAGAGCUUGCUAGAGUUUUGGGUGAAAAGGGUGUUAUUGUUUUCUCAGAUGUGGAGCAUGUUAUCAUGAAAAAUGACCGAUCUUUGGGCGAAGUAUUCAAAUUGUUUGACCUCAUUCACAUUCUCACUACUGAUCACAAGACCGUGACCAGAAUCACAAAAGAAGUGGUAGAAGAUUUCGCUUCUGAGAAUGUUGUGUAUUUAGAGUUAAGAACAACUCCUAAGAAAAAUGAUUCUAUAGGAAUGAGCAAGCACUCUUAUAUGGAAGCCGUGGUAGAAGGUUUAAGGGCUGUCACUGCAGUAGAUAUAGAUUUUGUUCCUCAUAAAUUCUACACUCAAGAUUCCUUGAAUUCUAUUGCCAUGAAUGACGCAUGUGAUGGAACUAAAAAGAAAAAGAUAUAUGUUAGACUUCUUCUUAGCAUUGAUCGUCGCGAGACGACUGAAGCUGCAAUUGAAACUGUUAAGCUUGCACUAGAAAUGAGGGAUUUAGGGGUUGUUGGCAUUGACCUUUCUGGAAAUCCUGUUGUGGGUGAAUGGAAUACAUUCUUGCCAGCACUAAAAUUUGCCCAGGAACAGGGUCUCUAUAUAACUCUGCACUGCGGAGAGGUACUUGAUUGCCAGGAGGUCCAACCAAUGCUAGAUUUUCUCCCCCAGAGGAUUGGCCAUGCGAUCUUCUUUGAAGAGGAAGAAUGGAGACAAUUAAAAACAUCUAAAAUACCGGUCGAGAUCUGUUUGACAUCCAACAUCAAGACUGAAUCAAUCUCUUCAAUAGAUAUUCACCAUUUUGUUGAUUUGUAUAAUGCCAAACAUCCUCUAGUUCUGUGUACUGAUGAUGCUGGAGUUUUUUCCACUAGUCUUUCCAACGAGUAUAAACUUGCUUCAACUGCAUUUGGUCUUGGAAAGAGGGAAAUGUUUGAGCUUGCCAGGAAUGGAAUUGAGUUUAUAUUUGCUGGUGAUGAAGUCAAGCAGGAUUUAGUAGAGACUUUUGAUUCAGCAGCAAAGAAACUACAUCUAUGAUCAGGCAUCUAGUGGAGCAGACGAUAAUAUGUCAUAACCAUUUUAGUGAAAUUGUUAAUGAGGUUUGCGCUACAUAACACUCUAUUUAUCGCUCAAGACCUGUUGAUCACAUUGAUAUUGGACUUUUAAGAUAUCUUCCCAGUUCAUCUUGUUCA